GCGAUGACGUGUAAGUCUCACCACAGCCCAAAUAUCGCGGCACUUUAUCUCGCCCUUGCAUUAUAGCGCUGGAAACCCCACUUUAACUUCCUUUCCCCAACAUGGCACCGAAGGUGAAGAAGGCAGCGGUUCCCGUCAAGACGGAGGUCAAAUCGAAGGCUCUGAAGGCCAAGAAAGCCGUUCUCAAAGGCGUCCACAGCCAUAAGAAAAAGAAAAUCAGGACUUCUCCCACCUUCCAUCGUCCCAAGACCCUCCGUCUGCGCCGGCAGCCCAAGUACCCCCGCAAGAGCGCCCCCCGCAGAAACAAGUUGGAUCAUUAUGCCAUCAUCAAGUACCCACUGACCACCGAGUCAGCCAUGAAGAAGAUCGAGGACAACAACACGCUGGUGUUCAUUGUAGCCGUCAAGGCCAACAAGCACCAGAUCAAACACGCCGUCAGAAAACUCUACGACAUCGACGUCUCCAAAGUCAACACGCUCAUCAGGCCGGACGGCGAGAAGAAGGCGUACGUCCGCCUGGCGCCAGACUAUGACGCGUUGGACGUUGCAAACAAGAUUGGAAUCAUCUAAAAUGGUGGAAGAGACUUGUGGGCUAAUAAAUAUUUGUAUAAACCAAACAUGAA